AUGGCCUGUCCCUCUACCAGAUCUACAGACUGUCCCUGUACCAGUUCUACCACCUGUCCCUGUACCAGUUCUACAGCUUGUCCCUUUACCAGUUCUACAGCCUGUACCUGUACCAGUUCUACGUUCUACGGCCUGCCCCUGUACCAGUUCUACGGCCUGUCCCUGUACCAGUUCUAUAGCCUGUCCCUGUACCAGUUCUACAGUCUGCCCCUGUACCACAUCUAUGGCCUGUCCCUGUACCAGUUCUACGGCCUGUCCCUGUACCAGUUCUACGGCCUGUCCCAGUACCAGGCCUACAGCCUGUCCCAGUACCAGGUCUACAGCCUGUCCCUGUACCAGGUCUACAGACUGUCCCUGUACCAGUUCUAUAGCCUGUCCCUGUACCAGUUCUACAGUCUGUCCCUGUACCAGUUCUACGGCCUGUCCCUGUGCCAGUUCUAUAGCCUGUCCCUGUACCAGUUCUACAGUCUGCCCCUGUACCACAUCUAUGGCCUGUCCCUGUACCAGUUCUACGGCCUGUCCCUGUACCAGUUCUACAGCCUGUCCCAGUACCAGGUCUACGGCCUGUCCUUAUACCAGGUCUACAGACUGUCCCUGUACCAGUUCUAUAGCCUGUCCCUGUACCAGUUCUACAGUCUGUCCCUGUACCAGUUCUACGGCCUGUCCCUGUGCCAGUUCUACAGCGUGUUCCUGAACCAGGUCUACGACCUGUACCUGUACCAGUUCUACAGCCUGUCCCUGUACCAGGACUACGGCCUGUUCCUUUUUACCACCUGUCCCUGUACCAGUUCUACAGCCUGUCCCUAUACCAGUUCUACAGCCUGUACCUGUACCAUUUCUACGGUCUACAGACUGUCCCCGUACCAGUUCUACAGCCUGUCCCUGUAUCAGUUCUACGGCCUGUCCCUCUACCAGUUCUUCAGCCUGUACCUGUGCCAUUUCUACAGCUUGUUCCUCUACCAGUUCUACAGACUGUCCCUGUACCAGUUCUACAGCUUGUCCCUGUACCAGUUCUACAGCCUGUCCCUGUACCAGAUCUACGGCCUGUCCCUGUACCAGUUCUAUGGCCUGUCCCUGUACCAGUUCUACAGCCUCUAUCUGAACCAGUUCUACAGCCUGUCCCUGUACCAGUUCUACAGAAUGUACCAAUUCUAUAUAGAUGUACUGAACCUAAUAUAA